UGCCAAUACCAUGAAGAGGAACUCAGACAGCUCUGACCUCAUGAUACAAGAGCCGGCUGGCAAAGCAGAAGGGACCCGAAAGAGAAUUUGCUGAAGAGGAGAAGGAAAAAAAAAAAGUCAAAAAAAAAAAAAUAACAACCCUGUGCGUGAGGGUGGGAGAAAAAGCAGGGCCUUUAAAGAAGGCAACCUUACGACUUUUGCUGCCAGGAUGCCCUUGCUUUGGCUGAGAGGAUUUCUGUUGGCAAGUUGCUGGAUUAUAGUGAGGAGUUCCCCCACCCCAGGACCCGAGGGGCACGGCGCAGCCCCGGACUGCCCGUCCUGUGCGCUGGCCACCCUUCCGAAGGAUGGACCUAACUCUCAGCCAGAGAUGGUAGAGGCUGUCAAGAAACACAUCCUAAACAUGCUGCACUUGAAGAAGAGACCCGAUGUCACCCAGCCGGUGCCCAAGGCGGCGCUUCUCAACGCGAUCAGAAAGCUUCAUGUGGGCAAAGUGGGGGAGAACGGGUAUGUGGAGAUAGAGGACGACAUUGGCAGGAGGGCCGAAAUGAAUGAACUCAUGGAGCAGACCUCGGAGAUCAUCACCUUUGCCGAGUCAGGUACAGCCAGGAAGACACUGCAUUUCGAGAUUUCCAAGGAAGGCAGUGACCUGUCAGUAGUGGAGCGUGCAGAAGUCUGGCUCUUUCUGAAAGUCCCCAAGGCCAACAGAACCAGGACCAAAGUCACCAUUCGUCUGUUUCAGCAGCAGAAGCACCCACAGGGCAGCUUGGACAUGGGGGAUGAGGCUGAGGAAAUGGGCUUAAAGGGGGAGAGGAGUGAACUGUUGCUAUCAGAGAAAGUGGUUGACGCUCGGAAGAGUACCUGGCACAUCUUCCCAGUGUCUAGCAGCAUCCAGCGCCUGCUGGACCAGGGAAAGAGUUCCCUUGAUGUGCGGAUUGCUUGUGAGCAGUGCCAGGAGAGUGGUGCCAGCCUAGUGCUCCUGGGCAAGAAGAAGAAGAAAGAAGUGGAUGGAGAUGGGAAGAAGAAAGAUGGAAGUGAUGGAGCAGUGGAAGAGGAAAAGGAACAAUCACAUAGACCUUUCCUCAUGCUGCAGGCUAGGCAGUCCGAAGACCAUCCUCAUCGCAGGCGUAGGCGGGGCUUGGAGUGUGAUGGCAAGGUCAACAUCUGCUGUAAGAAACAAUUCUUUGUCAGCUUCAAGGACAUUGGCUGGAAUGACUGGAUCAUUGCUCCCUCUGGCUAUCAUGCCAACUAUUGUGAGGGUGAGUGCCCAAGCCACAUAGCAGGCACCUCUGGGUCCUCCCUCUCUUUUCACUCAACAGUCAUCAACCACUACCGCAUGAGGGGUCAUAGCCCCUUUGCCAACCUUAAGUCAUGUUGUGUGCCCACCAAGCUGAGACCCAUGUCCAUGCUAUAUUAUGAUGAUGGUCAAAACAUCAUCAAAAAGGACAUUCAGAACAUGAUUGUGGAGGAAUGUGGCUGCUCCUAGAGUUGCCAGGUCCCAGAGGAAAUGGAUCUAGAAAGUCCAGAGAAGACAGUGGCAAAAUGAAGAAAAAUAUAAGAUACCUGAAUUAAACAAAACAACCAGAAAAAUAGAAAUAAAAAAAAAACCCAACAAAAACUAGACUGAAAACAAAACCUUAUGAAACAGAUGAAGGAUGUUGCGGAAAAAUAUCCUAAGCCAGGGCUCAGAGAUGAAGCAGUGAAGGAAACAGGGAUUGGGAGGAAAAGGGAGAAUGGUGUACCCUUCAUUUCUUCCAAAACCAAACUGAUGGGAUCAGUUUUAUCCAAACUGGGUAUUGUCCUCUCUCCUGCCUCUUGCGGUUCCCUUGUGAGCCUGGAAGUCUACUUGUCUAUUCUGCAGUAAUGUGGGCUAGCACAACCCAAAUAAUGUCUAGAAAGCCAUGAGUUUUAAAGGGCCAGUCCCACCCAGAUACCCAGGUCAUAAGUAUGUCUAUGUGACACUAUCUCUGUGUAUUUCAGCGUGCACACACACACACACACACACAUGCACACACACGCACAUGCAAACACACACACACACACACACACACACACACGCACGCACGCACGCACGCAUGCAUGCAUGCAUGCAUACACGACACACAGAGGUAUUUCCACACACCACAUGCAUACACAUACUGGUAAAAGAAUAAUUCUGUGCAGGUGGUCACAUUUUCUUUUCUGUACCACUUUUGCCACAAGACAAAAAUCAACAUAAAACAUUGAGAACAGGAAUGGAAAGAGUGAAAGAUCAAGGAAAAAAGAAUACCAAGUUACAUUUCGUUAAGGUGCUUAUGAUCUUAGAACUAUGCAACCUAAUAGGUUUGAAACUGUUUACCUGAAAGAGGACAAAAAGAGAGACUUUUUUGUAUUGGGAGUAACCUGAUUAAUUUUUAUUUUCUUCAAGGAGAGAUACUUGAAAGGAAUAUGUUUGUCCAUCUGUUGGAUUCAAACAUUUCUAUAUUUUGUAAAUGUUGUUUUUUUAUCGUUUACUAUUUGCACUACAAUGGUGUUUGACCUGUCUAAUCCUUAUUUAACAAGUAUUUUCUUUGGGUGGGGGUGGGGGUGGGGUUUAAGAGCUGCACUUCAUGUGAGCUAUAAAAGAACUGCUACAGCACACAAAAUAGCUAUUUUUAUUAUUAUAAUUAUAAUUAUUAUUAUUAUUUUGUACCUUAAAAAUAGACACAUACACCAAAGACAUUUGUGUGAGCCUUUAAACAGUCUGUCUGUGGUUGGUAUUGUUCACCAUCAAUGAGUCAGGGGUCAAGAUUUAAGGUCGAGUUAGGUGGGUUGGGUUCAGGCUUAAGAGACCUGAGAGGUUGGGUUUUGACUCUUUUUACAUCCAUGAAACAGGACAUUUCAUACUGGAUGUACAGUAGUGUACACUGUUGGAUUAUCAAGUUCAAAUUCAUGAGACUACAUGCUUGUAUGUGUAUAUAUACAUUGCUUGUGCAUACGCAUACCUGUGUGUAUAUAUACAUGUAUUGUACCAUGUCCAUACACAUUUUAAGCACUUCAGGCUGUCAUUUUUUAAAUGUUCUUAAAACAAUGAAUGUUUGUGUGCAAAACACAGUAUUUUUAAGAAGGAUAAGUGAUAGAUUUUUCUUGCUUUUACUCUGUAUUAGGUGGGUACAUUUCAAAUAUUUGGAUGGGAAAAAGCCUGAAAAUCCCAGUGAGUAUCCAGCGAGGCCCUCUUUAAAUGUACAAGAAAAAAAUCCCCUCUUUCUCACCCCUGCUCCCUACAAGUUAUCCCCUGUGGGGAAAAUGGGAUGUUAAUAAAAACAGUGGGCUGAGUUUUUUUCGACUUAUAUUUAUUAUUUAUUGGAAUCAAUCUUAAAUCAGAAACUUUUUCGGAAAAAAUAUCUCUAGGCUAGAAUAAAAGUUCUUUUUUUUUUUUUUGAAUAGUGUUGUUACUACUUAAAUAAUAAAACAAGCAGGAAAGUAUUUAAGACAGUGGAAGUUAAGGGAGACAGUACUUAGGAGCCAGGGAGUAGGGUAGUUGUUCAAAUCUCUAAUAUUUUAUUUUACAGCCAAAAAUCUUGAUGUGUAAGUUUGUAUUUUUCAGAGGCAAAACUGAAAAGAUUGUCUUAUAAAUAUCAAAUACAUGCUUAAACCCAAGUUUCUAAUUUAGUCCAGUGUUUUGCUUGUCUAAAACAGCUAAUAAAUUAUUCAUUUAUGUAUUUAAAAUACAGAGCCUUAUUUUUACGGACUUGUUUGAAGUUUGAAAACUUUAUAAAAAUGAAAAACUCUAAUUGAGAAAAACUAUAUUCCUCAGUAUUUUAUAAAAUAUUAAAACUUUUAGCAUUAAUUCAGUCCAUAGAUUAAAGUCAUUGUAGGAAAAUGAAAUAAAAGUGAGAAAUUAAAUCUUACAAAAGCUGGUUUAACUCUAAAAAAAACCCUAAGUCAAUAUAUAUUAUAUAUACUAAGUCAAUAUACAUUAUCAUAUUAGGCUGUAUGUAGGCAAUCUACUUUAGUCUUGUUACUGGGCAAACAUACUCACUGUGUUCCAGGGGCCCUCCCUGUCUUAUGCAGGAAAUGCAUGUACUGCAUAAGAAAUGAAUUAUAGUUAAGGUCCAUUGACCUUGGAGAUCUUGCAUGUGGGGACAGAUGGCAUGGUGUGGAAAAUUGAGGGGAAGUAGAUGGCCAGGUUCAACUUUGCCAAUUUUUAUGAAAAACUUUAGAGCCCUCUGAACUGUUUCCUUGGUACUGGAGCUAAUACUGGGACCUAUAGAAAUAGUGUGGAGAGGUCUACUGUGCCAUAUCAGAAACUAUCUAGACCAUGGGAAGAGCAGGAUUUAUGAAACUACUAAUUAUAGUUCUUGUUCAUCUGAGAUGAAUGUGUAAUCUUUCAAAGCCCUUUAAAUUCUAGAUGUACUGGGGGUAAGCUCGUGUUUAAUUAGUAACCAUAGUAAUUAAAUCUAGAAAAAAAUGAAUUCCACAGGACAGUGUAUUAAUUGGGGAUCAAGUGACUUGGUUGUCACAUACCAAUAAACUACAUCUGAGCUCAUCAAAUUUGUAUGGCCUUGCAAUAGAAUUUAAAUUGUUAACAUCUUUAAGCAUAUUAGAUAUUAUUUUGCUAUAGUUAGCACUCUCAGAAAACACAAAGUCUUGUGAACAACUGGUCCUUUCAAAUGGCUACUCAGUCCAAAAUCAAAAAGCUUUUACUGUCUAGCAUUUUAGUUUCUGCGUGGUGUACUUUACCUAGCAUCAGAGUGGCUCUUUCUAGUCUCCUCAGUUUCUCUAGGAUAAUUGUUAAGUACCUGCCCACAUGAAUUCCAGAAGUUAUGAAGAGCAUCUGUGCUCAGUAUCUCUUUAAAAAUUAAAUACUUUGUGAGCUUAAUUGACAUUCCCCCCACUAAAAGUAAGGCAAAUUCCUGCACAAUGACUGAGAUUUUCUUAUCCUACAAGACCAGCCAAUUUCAUCUUCAUUUAAGAUUGAUUCCACACUCCUUUGUCAAGGAGGCCUUGCAUUUUCCUAAAUGGCAGAAUAAGCAAAAUUGUUUCACAUUUGCGGGACUGAACUCAAGAGGUGACUUAAAAAAAAAAAAUAAAUAAACAUGCCUCAGUUGUAGUAAACAUAAAUUUAAAUGAUUGUGGUCACUUGAAAAAUAUGAUUUCCUGUGGGCCUUUUGGCAAUUUCUCUUUCCAAUGUAGAGAAAAGCUCAAUCACCCCCAAAGCCCACAUAAGUGAAACUUGUAGAUGUGGGCAGGAGAUUUGGGGAUGAACGCUGUAUGUGUUUCAAUUAAACCCUGUAACACGGAGAAGUUAUUGGAAGGCUCAGAGAUAAUGAAUGCUAAGAUGCUGUUCACAUCUUCAAGAGCAGAAUCACAUGUCUCAGCUAUAUUAUUAUUUAUUUUUAUGCAUAAAGUGAAUCAUUUCUUCUGUAUUAAUUUUCAGUGGGUUUUACCCUCUAUUUAAAUGCUUUGAAAAACAGUGCAUUGACAAUGGGUUGAUAUUUUUCUUUAAAAGAAAAAUAUAAUUAUUAAGCCAAGAUAAUCUGAAACCUGUUUUGUUCUAAAACUUUUUAUGUUACGUGGUUGAUGUUUGUUUGUUUUUAUUUUUAUUUUGUGAGUUCUUUUGCAUACUAUAUGCAAUUCUUUAACCAAUGUCUGUUUGGCUAAUGUAAUUAAAGUUGUUAAUUUAUAUGAGUGCAUUUCAACUAUGUCAAUGGUUUCUUAAUAUUUAUUUUGUAGAAGUACUGGUAAUUUUUUAUUUACAAUAUGUUUAAAGAGAUAACAGUUGGAUAUGUUUUCAUGUGUUUAUAGCAGAAGUUAUUUAUUUCUAUUCCAUUCCAGCGGAUAUUCUGGUGUUUGCGAGGCAUGCAGUCAAUAUUUUGUACAGUUAGUAGGCAGUAUUCAGCAAUGCCUGAUAGCUUCUUUGGCCUUAUGUUAAAUAAAAAGACCUGUUUGGGAUGUA